AUGCAUCUAUGCAUGGUCCACGUACGAUUCCCCUUCACGCGUCCGUUGUUGUUGGACGGCCAAACCGCAUCACCCAAAACACGAGUCUCCUUGUCAUCUACCCUUCGCCCGGCGUCGCCAUCGCCCACGCCCGCCGCGGCGCCGCUGGGCCGCUCAGCCAACCCCAGCAACCCGGCGUACAAAUCCAGCGCGCAUACCACCGUCAUCCGUCGGUCCAUCGAUCGAUCUCCCUCCUUUCCUCCGUCCAUGGCGCCGCGCGCGACGGCGGCGAUAAGCAGGUUCCCGCCGGUGUCGUCCUACGACGCGGCGGCGCGGGAGCGCCGCACCGCGGCCUCCGACCUGGACGGCACCCUGCUCGCCUCCUCCUCGGCGUUCCCCUACUACUUCCUCGUGGCGCUCGAGGCCGGCGGGUACCUCCGCGCCCUCGCGCUCCUCCUCCUCGCCCCGUUCAUCCUGCUCCUCUACACCGCCUUCUCCGAGCCGGCCGCCAUCGGGGUCCUCGUCUUCGCCACCUUCGCGGGGCUCCGGGCGCGGGACGUGGAGGCCGUGGCGAGGGGCGUCCUCCCGCGGCACUACGCCGCCGGGGUGCGCGCCGACUCGUGGGAGGUGUUCCGGGGCUGCGGCGCGGGCAGGCGGGUCGUGGUCACCGCGUCGCCGGCGGUCAUGGUCGCCCCGUUCGUCCGCGAGUUCCUCGGGGCCAAGGUGGCCGGCACCGAGCUCGGGACCUGCUGCGGGCGCUUCACGGGGCUCAUCAGCGGCGGGGUGCUCGUCGCGGGGAAGAAGAGGGAGGUCGUGGAGCGGCUGUUUGCCGGCGGGGACAUGCCGGACGUCGGGCUCGGUGACCGCGAGAGCGACCACGACUUCAUGGCCGUCUGCAAGGAAGCCUACAUGGUGCCCACGAACAAGCGCGCACCGCGUGCCGCCGCCGACGCUCUGCUGUCCAGCGUCGUGUUCCAUGACGGCCGCCUAGUCCGCCGGCCGGACCCAGCGCACGCGCUCUUCGCGCUGGCCUACCUCCCGGUUGGCUUCGCCCUGGCCGUGCUCCGGGUCCUCAUCAGCCUCCCGGUCCCGCCGCACCUCGUGCGCCACACGUACCGCCUGACCAGCAUCCGGCUCGCCGUGCGGGGCAUGCCCCCGCCGGCGCCGCGCGAGGGCUCCCCCGGGUCCCUCCUUGUGUGCAACCACCGCACGGCGCUGGACCCCAUCAUCGUGGCCGUGGCGCUGGGGCGGCCGGUGACGUGCGUGACCUACAGCGUGAGCCGGCUGUCCACGGCCAUCUCGCCGAUCCCGGCGGUGGUGCUGGCGCGGGACCGGGAGGCCGACGCGGCGCGCAUCGCGGCGCUGCUGAGCUCCGGGCGCGACGUGGUGGUGUGCCCCGAGGGAACGACGUGCCGGGAGCCGUGCCUGCUGCGGUUCUCGGCGCUGUUCGCGGAGCUGACGGACCGGAUCGUGCCGGUAGCGCUGGAGGCGGCGCAGUCGACCUACUACGGGUCCACGGCGAGGGGGUGGAAGGCCAUGGACCCGUGGUUCUUCUACAUGAACCCGAGGCCGGGGUACAAGGUGACGUUCCUGCCGGCGCUCCGGCCGGAGGAGACGUGUGGUGCUGGCGGUAGGAGCGCCGUCGACGUGGCCAACCAUGUGCAGGCGGUGAUCGCCAAGGAGCUCGGGUACCGGUGCACGACCCUCACCACGAAGGACAAGUACAUGAAGCUCGCCGGCAACGACGGCACGGUCGCCGCCGACGGCGACGACAGCAAGAAGCUUGCGUAA